CCUUUGAUUUUUAGGGAGGGUCUGUUCACCCCGCAGUCUCUUUAAGAAAUCACUUAAUCUCUGGCUUUACUAUUCCCACAUCCUCUCCCUGAUUAGUCCUGUAUUUCUAGAGAUUGAAAAAUACUGCAGAGAAGAGAGGAAGGGGCUGUAGAAGAAACAAGCAAAACUUAUUCUCUGGGGGGCGUCCUGGAGAAGGGUAAUUUCGUGCAUUCUUAAAUCGGCUACCUAAAUCAGUUAUUUUGCUCUUAUCUCCAGACCUUCAAUUGCUCUUUCACUCUCCAAUUCCGCAAGAGCUCUGAGCGGCGAGUUAUGGAGAAGCGCCUGCAGGAGGCUCAGCUGUACAAGGAGAAAGGGAACCAGCGUUACCGAGAAGGGAAGUACCGAGAUGCUGUAAGUAGGUACCAUCGAGCUCUGCUUCAGCUGCGGGGUCUGGAUCCAAGCCUGCCCUCCCCGAUACCUAAUCUAGGACCUCAGGGCCCGGCCCUUACACCUGAACAGGAGAACAUACUGCACACCACCCAGACAGACUGCUACAACAAUCUAGCUGCCUGUCUCCUUCAGAUGGAGCCAGUGAACUACGAACGAGUGAAAGAAUACAGUCAGAAAGUCCUGGAACGACAACCUGAUAAUGCCAAGGCCUUGUAUCGGGCUGGAGUGGCCUUUUUCCAUCUGCAGGACUACGACCAGGCUCAGCACCAUCUCCUGGCUGCUGUCAGUAGGCAGCCAAAAGAUGCCAAUGUCCGGCGGUACCUCCAGCUAACACAGUCAGAACUCAGUAGCUACCAUCAGAAAGAGAGACAGCUGUACCUGGGCAUGUUUGGUUAACAAAGAAGAAAGAUGCUCCUCCACUUGAACUUGAAAGUUAAAGACCGGAGGGGAAACCUGAGCCUCAGCAAGAGAAAUUAACCCCAUACCUCUGACCCAGGUGGAUUUCUGUUUUGUUUCUAGCCCUGCACAAACUCUUUGGCACUUAUGCAGUCUGUGUCUUUUGGUGUUCUGUUUUUGUUUUUUUUUUUUUGGUCUGUCCAUCUAUGUAUUUGUAUAGCUUUCCAUACAUGAUAUUUUUGGGGAUAUUUGCCUUGAGAAAUACAAUCAGCUAUAGAUGCAAUUAAUCCUCUCUAUGGGAUAGAUUUUAAUGAUAGAUGUUAUAUGUAUCCAUAUACAGAGGAGAAGGCUAGUAAAGGAUGAAAGAAUGACAAAAGAGUUUUUUCUGUUUCCUCAGAUGCCCAAAGCCAAAGUCACAGAGGCCACAAACUGGGAGAUAUAUUAUUGUGUGAAAACAGACAAUUAUAAAUUGGACCCACAUGACUUAAAAAGGAAAGAUUUGAAAUUAACCAUUUUGGGGGUGCCUGGGUGGCUCAGUCAUUAUUAGGUGUCUGCCUUCGGCUCAGGUCAUGAUCCCAGGGUCCUGAGAUCGAGCCCCGCAUCGGGCUCCCUGCUCCGCGGGAAGCCUGUGUCUCCCUCUCCCACUCCCCUUGCUUGCGUUCCUGCUCUCGUUAUCUCUCCCUCUGUCAAAUAAAUGGAUAAAAUCUUUAAAAAAAAAAAAAGAAAUUAACCACUUUGAUUAAAUCAAUUCCUUAUUCUUAAUAUUCCAUGUACAUUCAGAUUCUUUGUCCCUCCCACAAAAGUAUCUGGUUUCUAUUUUUUCUGGUGAUAAUUUCUAGUCCUUGCUAUUGUUCAUACUCAAAGCAUUCAUAUGAUAUACUUAUUUUUUCAUUAAACUCUUUUUUCUUAAAACCUUGAGUCAAGCAUUUAAGUAUUUAAUAAUUCUUCAACCCUCAUACCAAAAAACAAAACAAAAAACCCAAGUAAACAUUUUAAUUUUUAAUAGGUGCAUAUCUAUAGUAUGCUUAUUUCUCUAAAAAAAAAAAAUAGGAAAAACAGAUUGCCACGUCAUCUUGAAACAGUACCAUGAAAGAGCAGGAUAAAAACAUAAAUAUAUUCUUCACUUGUCACCUUAUAUUUUGCAAGAGCUCAGUUCCUUACAGAGGAGGGAAAUAGGAAGGGUUCUCCUUCCCUAGUGCUGAAGCACCCAUGGAACUUUCUAGAAGCUUCGUCAGUGCAGGCUGCAGAUCUGAUGCAGUCAUGUCUCAAUAGGAGGCUCCAUCAACCAUGAGCUCCUUUGUCAUUCUGUGUACUUGUGAAUAAUGUCCACAAUGUUUGAGUUCUACAGAGUAGAUGAGAUCAUGUAGCACUGUCUCGACCUUUAUGAGUGGAGGUAGUAAGCAUGUGUCACUGGCCAAUGUAAGGAGAGAUUUCAGAAAGAACAACAACAACCCCAAAACCCUUAGUCUUGCCAAGUAUGCAUGAAUUCCUCUGCCUUCAUCAGUAAUGCCCGUCCCCCAAAGAGCCAGCCUCCUCUUUGUGUCUCCCCAUAUACUUAAAUAACAGGACUUACAACAACAAGGUUUCCUACCAAAUAAUCUUGUAAGUCAAAGGACAGAACUAACAGAAAUAGAAUAUUUUGCUCCUUUCCCAAGAUGCAUAAGUUUCUAAGCCUAGGUUGUUGGCAAAAUUAUGUCAUGGUUGCAUGUUUGCUUUGGGCAAGUUUUGCUUUCUGAUCUUCUUUUUUCUUUUUUUUUUUUUUUCCUUCCAAAGACUUGAUGUCACACUAAGCUAUCUUCUGCAUCAAUGAGGGAAAAAAUAAAACUGGUAUUUAAAAACGUA